AUGAUUGCCUCGCAUAUGAUCGCCUGCCUCUUCACGGAGCUCAACCAUAACCAAGUGCAGAAAGUUGAGCAGUAUCUCUACCACAUGCGUCUCUCUGAUGAAACCCUUUUGGAGAUUUCUAAGCGGUUCCGCAAGGAGAUGGAAAAAGGACUUGGAGCUACCACCCACCCCACUGCUUCAGUGAAAAUGCUGCCAACUUUUGUGAGGUCCACCCCAGAUGGGACAGAACACGGAGAGUUCCUGGCUCUGGAUCUUGGAGGGACCAACUUCCGUGUGCUCCGUGUGAGAGUAACGGACAAUGGGCUCCAGAAGGUUGAGAUGGAGAACCAGAUCUACGCCAUCCCUGAGGACAUCAUGCGGGGCAGUGGCACUCAGCUGUUUGACCACAUUGCUGAAUGCCUGGCCAACUUCAUGGAUAAACUCCAAAUCAAAGACAAGAAACUCCCAUUGGGCUUUACCUUCUCAUUCCCCUGCCACCAGACUAAGCUAGAUGAGAGUUUCCUGGUCUCAUGGACCAAGGGCUUCAAGUCCAGUGGUGUGGAAGGCAGAGACGUGGUGGCUCUGAUCCGGAAGGCCAUCCAGCGGAGAGGGGACUUUGAUAUUGACAUUGUGGCUGUGGUGAAUGACACGGUUGGGACCAUGAUGACUUGUGGUUAUGAUGACCAGAACUGUGAGAUUGGUCUCAUUGUGGGCACUGGCAGCAAUGCCUGCUACAUGGAGGAAAUGCGCCACAUCGACAUGGUGGAGGGCGACGAGGGGCGGAUGUGUAUCAACAUGGAGUGGGGGGCCUUUGGGGACGAUGGCGCGCUCAAUGACAUCCGCACGGAGUUUGACCGAGAGAUCGACAUGGGCUCGCUGAAUCCUGGGAAGCAACUGUUUGAGAAGAUGAUCAGUGGGAUGUACAUGGGGGAGCUGGUAAGGCUCAUCCUGGUGAAGAUGGCCAAGGAAGAGCUGCUGUUCCAGGGGAAGACCAGCCCAGAACUGCUUACCACAGGCAGCUUCGAAACCAAAGAUGUCUCAGAUAUUGAAGACGAUAAGGAUGGCAUCCGGAAGGCCUACCAGGUGCUGGUGCGGCUGGGUCUGAAUCCAUUGCAGGAGGACUGUGUGGCCACUCACCGGAUCUGCCAGAUUGUGUCCACACGCUCAGCCAACCUGUGUGCAGCCACCCUGGCUGCUGUGCUGCGGCGUAUCAAGGAGAACAAGGGCGAGGAUCGGCUGCGCUCCACCAUUGGGGUUGAUGGCUCCGUCUACAAGAAACACCCUCAUUUUGCCAAGCGUCUUCACAAGGCUGUACGUCGGCUGGUGCCUGACUGCGACAUUCGCUUCCUCCGCUCUGAGGAUGGCAGCGGCAAAGGGGCAGCCAUGGUGACCGCAGUGGCUUACCGACUGGCUGAUCAACACAGAGCCCGCCAGAAUACCCUAGAGCCUCUAAAACUGAGCCAUGAGCAGCUGCUGGAGGUCAAGAGGAGGAUGAAGCUUGAAAUGGAGCGAGGUCUGAGCAAGGAGACGCACUCCAUCGCCCCUGUGAAGAUGCUGCCCACCUACGUGUGUGCUACCCCCGAUGGCACAGAGAAAGGGGACUUCUUGGCCUUGGACCUUGGAGGAACCAAUUUCCGGGUCCUGCUGGUGCGUGUGCGAAAUGGGAAGCGGCGAGGAGUAGAGAUGCACAACAAGAUCUACUCCAUCCCACAGGAGGUCAUGCAUGGCACAGGCGAGGAGCUCUUUGACCACAUCGUCCAGUGCAUCGCUGACUUCCUGGAGUACAUGGGCAUGAAGGGUGUGUCUCUGCCUCUGGGUUUCACCUUCUCCUUCCCCUGCCAGCAGAACAGCUUGGAUGAGAGUAUCCUCCUUAAGUGGACCAAAGGCUUCAAGGCAUCUGGAUGCGAGGGUGAGGACGUGGUCACCCUGCUGAAGGAAGCCAUCCACCGGCGAGAGGAGUUUGACCUGGACGUGGUGGCUGUGGUUAAUGACACAGUUGGAACCAUGAUGACGUGUGGCUAUGAAGACCCUCACUGUGAGGUUGGCCUCAUUGUUGGCACCGGUAGCAACGCCUGCUACAUGGAGGAGAUGCGCAACGUGGAACUGGUGGAUGGAGAAGAAGGGCGGAUGUGCGUCAACAUGGAAUGGGGCGCCUUCGGGGACAAUGGGUGCCUGGACGACUUCCGCACGGAAUUUGACAAGGCUGUGGAUGAUCUUUCGCUCAACCCAGGCAAACAGAGGUUUGAGAAGAUGAUCAGUGGCAUGUACUUGGGCGAGAUUGUCCGUAACAUCCUUAUCGAUUUCACCAAGCGUGGGCUGCUCUUCCGCGGCCGCAUCUCAGAGCGGCUCAAGACAAGGGGAAUCUUUGAAACAAAGUUCUUGUCUCAGAUUGAGAGCGACUGCCUGGCCCUGCUGCAGGUCCGUGCCAUCCUGCACCACUUGGGCCUCGAGAGCACCUGUGACGACAGCAUCAUCGUCAAGGAGGUGUGCACCGUGGUGGCACGGCGGGCAGCCCAGCUCUGUGGCGCAGGCAUGGCUGCUGUUGUGGACAAGAUACGGGAAAACCGUGGGCUGGACACCCUCAAAGUGACAGUGGGUGUGGAUGGGACCCUCUACAAGCUACAUCCUCAUUUUGCCAAAGUCAUGCAUGAGACGGUGAAGGACCUGGCCCCCAAAUGUGAGGUGUCCUUCCUGGAGUCAGAGGACGGCAGUGGGAAGGGGGCCGCGCUCAUCACUGCCGUGGCCUGUCGCAUCCGGGAGGCCGGACAGCGAUAGAACCCUGGAAUUUGGAAGGGACUUCUCUGCUUCCCCCUCUUCCCUGUUUUAAAUUAUAAGGAGUCAUCUUCUUGUGUCAGAGACACAGUCCCCUCAGCUUUUCCUUGGCAGAGAGGACCCCGUCGGAUUGAGAUUUUUUUUUUUUUUUUACAUUCACUGUAGAGUUUUGUGCCCAAGUCUUGGCCUUCCUGAGAUACAGAAGCCAGGACUGUUCAUACUGGUCACAACCAUUCCCAUUGGUUCUCAUACAACUUAAGAAAAAAAAUAAUGACAAUAAUCCUUAGCGCCUCGCCCCCUCUCCUGGAAUUCCACGUCUCUGUACAAUCCUAAAGGAUUGGGGCUAGCCUCCCCUUGGGGCUGACGGGGUACUUCUAGUUGGAGAGCAUCCCCCUGCAAGGAUGUCAAUACUGUUUCUCCCAUCAGAGAUCCAGGAGGUCUCUGCUAGUCACUCAGCCUGAUCCUCAUGCAGGCAGAUGUGGGGAAGGAGGAAGCACGGCAGUGGAGGGAGAUCCCAUGGAAAUCCGUGUGGCAGCGCUUUCUCAACCUGCCAUUGCCCCGUGGAUUCCAGCAUUUACUGAAACUGGAAUUGAGGAAUCCCGCAUCUGGGCGAUGACACCAAAGCCAGAUGCAUCCUGCAAUAUGGAUUUGUCGCUGCCUCUCCUUGUGGGUGCUUGGAUCACUCAUGAGCAGUGGACCUUUGGGGGAGGGGGGGAGCCUUUUGGUUUGUUUUUAAAGAUUUACCCGCAAAAGUGGAGACACUGUAUUUUCAUUUUAAUUUAUGUUUGAAAUUUAUUUAGUUCAUGAAGUAGGUCUGCUCCUUCAUCAUGUAACGGCGGAUUGUAUGUAAUGUAUUUAUAUGUUAAUUUGUUCUGUAUAUAGAUAUGCAGGGUCUCCUUAGACUCAUUGGUAGAUCAGUACAGUUAAGGACAGAAAGUGAAGACAUUGACUAGCUACUUAGAAAUACCUCAUUCGCCUGUGGGAAGAGAAGGAAAGCCUCUCCGGGGUGAGUGAAUGGAAAAGCAUCCGCUUUCUCGCUCCUCCUGACCCUACAGAUUUGGAAAUGCCUGGAAGGCAGGGAUGGAGACCAAGGCUGAGCCCAUGGAUUGGAGAAACCACAGCAACUGGCUAAUCUGUCAAGAGACUUUCCUGGGGCAAUAUUCCAUGGGAUGCUAACCAAAGGAAACCAAAGGAAGCAUUUCAAAUAGACUCACUGUUUAUAGAAAUUUUUAUUCUUAGGAAAGUCAGUACUAUUUUGAAGCUGUGUGGCAAGAUAAAGGAAGCCACCAAAAAUUUUUUUUUUAAUUGUAUCUAAUCGUCAACAUCAAACCAAAACCAAGCAAUUAAACAACCAAACAAACAAAACCUCAGGGACAACAUUUUUUGGUGUAUUUUGUGCCUUCUUGGCAAAUUUCACCUUGGGUUUGUUUUGUAAAUGUUUUAUAAGAAAUGUUGUCUAUGUGCUUCCUUGGGCUGCGCUGGCAUUUGGUCUGCUGACCCGUGUUUAUUUUUUAUACACAGUAUUUAUUUCAUACUGUUGGCAGGGAUGGACCGUGGUAUCAUAGCUGCCAUACUCUUUCCAAGAGUGCAGUUAAUUCUGAACCUGAAAGCCCACUCUGCCCUAAAAUAUGAAUCAGCACAGAUGUUAAACCUGGAUACAACAUAACAGAGAGGGAAUGGCCUUGUACCACUAUUAAGUAGGACACAAGGACAAAAACGGAAAGAUGGAGAAGAAAUCCACGGCUCCAUCACACCCAGUUUUUGCCCAUUUUUUCAAAUUUGUGCUGAGAACAGUGCCCGGUUAUCAUUUUUUAAUAAGAUGGAGUAGAAAUUAGUAAAAACUGCCCAGCUCCUUCUGGGAAGCACAGAGGAAAGGGCACAGGUCCUUGAUUGUUCCAUUCUUACUGUGCCUGUCUGAUGUUACUCCUCUGCUGCCUCCAUCUGCAGUUAUUGAUCCAAAAUAUGGGUGCCUCCAAAUGCAAUGAAAACUGAAGGCCAGCUUUAGAUUUGUGGGUCCCUAAAGGAUGCCUGUGAAAUACAAAUGAAUUUUAUUUUUGAAUUGUGACUUUGUAAAUUUUAAAACUUAGGCACUGUCUAUGAAAUUAUACUUUUUUUCCCCCUAAGGUAGAGAUGUGUGUAUGCCUAUUAAAGAUGUGUUAUUGGUUUCCAAACGAGAGCAAUGGACCAUACACAUGGACUGUCUGUGUUCCUGGCAUUGGGCUGGUAGCCCCCUCAAUGAUACUACUUUGCUUGGCGUAGAUACAGUGGAUCUCAAUCUUCAACUGGGAUGCACUGAAUAUGGAUCAUCUCAAAUCCUUGAGCAUGCAGUCUUGUGAAGAUGUUGAUUGUUGUCACUAUGUACAAUAGAGAAGUAGUUGAAUUAACUAUGUGAUGUUAACUAUUAUAUUAAUAAAUUUUAACAUUUUUCAAAAUA